AAAAAAAAACUCAGAUUCUUGAUAAAUUCUUUAAUUUAAUUUGUUUUAGCAAUUCGGACAUUGUACAGAGAAAUCAAGAAUGGAUUUGCAGAGAGGCUUUGUGUUCUUGUCUUUGGUUCUAUCUUUUAUGAUAAUCGAAACGACGGCGUAUCGAGAGAGACAGCUGCUGCUGCAACCGCAAGUAACGGCGAUAGAUACCGCAAACGCGGUGGUGACGGUUCAAGAUCGCGGUUUAAAGACUCGGCGGCCGGAGCAUAAGAACGCUUACGCAACGAUGAUGUACAUGGGGACGCCAAGAGACUACGAGUUCUACGUUGCGACUCGUGUUUUAAUCAGAUCGUUGAGAAGUCUCCACGUGGAAGCUGAUCUUGUCGUCAUCGCUUCUCUCGACGUUCCUCUCCGAUGGGUUCGAACCUUGGAAGAGGAAGAUGGAGCCAAAGUGGUGAGAGUUGAAAAUGUGGAUAAUCCGUACAGAAGACAGACCAACUUCAACAGUAGAUUCAAGCUUACUCUGAACAAGCUCUACGCUUGGGCUUUGUCUGAUUACGACCGUGUGGUCAUGCUAGAUGCCGAUAACCUCUUCCUUAAGAAAACCGACGAGCUAUUCCAGUGCGGGCGCUUCUGUGCGGUCUUCAUCAACCCUUGCAUCUUCCACACUGGCCUCUUCGUGUUGCAGCCAUCAGUGGAGGUGUUCAAGGACAUGCUCCAUGAGCUACAAGUUGGAAGAAAGAAUCCUGAUGGAGCUGAUCAAGGCUUUCUUGUCAGUUACUUCUCUGAUCUUCUAGACCAACCUCUCUUUCGUCCUCCGAGUAAUGGAUCUGUGCUUGGUGGCCACUUGAGACUUCCCUUGGGAUACCAAAUGGACGCUUCUUAUUUCUAUCUUAAGCUAAGAUGGAACAUACCCUGUGGACCAAAUAGUGUGAUUACAUUCCCAGGAGCUGUUUGGUUAAAGCCAUGGUACUGGUGGUCAUGGCCUGUUCUUCCACUAGGUAUCUCAUGGCACGAGCAGCGCCGCACCACUAUAGGGUACUCAGCAGAAAUGCCUUUGGUCAUAAUCCAAGCAGUGUUCUACCUUGGAAUCAUACUGGUCACACGACUAGCUCGCCCUAACAUAACCAAGCUUUGCUAUCGCCGCUCUGACCGCAACUUAACAGCGAUCCAAGCAGGUUUUAAGUCGAUGGCGCUUCUCUUUGUAGUUGCAGCCUACAUCUUCCCAUUCUUCACCAUCCCUCACACCAUCCACCCACUUAUCGGCUGGUCACUCUACUUGAUGGCUUCUUUCGCUCUCUCCUCCAUUUCAAUCAACACUCUCCUCCUCCCAACGCUCCCUGUUCUCACUCCAUGGCUCGGCAUUCUUGGUACGCUUCUCGUCAUGGCCUUCCCUUGGUACCCUGAUGGAGUGGUCAGAGCCUUGUCGGUUUUCGCAUAUGCAUUUUGUUGCGCACCUUUUGUGUGGGUUUCAUUCCGCAAGAUUACCUCGCACCUCCAGGUUUUGAUUGAGAAAGAGGUGUUGUUUCCGCGAUUGGGAGAUACAGGGACCACUUCAGGCUUCAGCAAAUUGUAUUAGGCAGUCUUUAUUUGCACAUUGUUUAUGUAUAUAAAGGAUUAUUAUUGUU